AUCUGCACGAGAAAUCAAAAGCCGCGAUUUCAGAUACUUGCCCACCCGCGUUCACAGCAGCACUGUCCACAAUAGACAAAGGGUGGAAUCAAAAAUUCAUCAACACAUGAAUGCGUACACACAAUGCUUCCAUCCGCACACAGGAAUAUUACUCGGCCUUAAAGAGGAAGGACAGCCUUGGUGGAAAUGGCAAAGAACUAAAUGUGAUUUAUUUCCAGAGGAAUUAACGUUGAAACAAAACGGUAUUUUGCCAAGAAGCCCGCAUGUCAGAACGUGUACCAGGGGGUCCCUCCGGCCGGGAGUUGUGGGGGGGAGACUAAGAAAGAGCUGGUGGCUGUGCGGCACUAAAGGAAAAUGCAGAAAAACUUUUGAACCAGCCAAUACAAUUAAGACAAAUGUAGGAGAAAGCCUAUCAGGGAUAUAAACUUGCUCAGGCAACGACGGGGAAGGAUGAGCCCUGCAGGAAUCAGCCAAUGAGGAGGCAGGGGCGGGACCCGGCGCCCGGGAAGGAGCCGCUGGUUGGCACGCCCGGGGCGCGCGCGCUCCCAGGCCCCGCCCGCCGCAGGGCCACCGGGAGGGCCUCGCCCCGCCCUCUUCUCUGUCCCGGUGUCCACCUACUGAGCUCGGGCCGUCUCGGGGCUCGCUCGGGACCCUCUGGCCCGUGCGCGGGGGACCGAGCGCAGUGGGACGACGCGUCCCGCCCGACCUGCGCGCGCCACCCGAGCGCGGACGGGACUGGAGUGCGGGGACCGCCUGACCCGCGCGCGCGCGGAGGACACGCAGGCGCCGCGGCAGCAGGGCCACCUCGUGCGCCGGCCAAGGUUGAUGGUAUCGCUCCAUGGGUGCACUACACCCACGUUCGGAAGGCUCUACCUUAGAGUACCUCAGAGUGGAAGGUGCAGCAGCAUCCUGUGGAUCCCCUAAAACUACACCUAAGCUGAAGAUGAAGGAGAUCCUGCUAAUAAGCGCCUUAAUAUGGACCGUCAAGGGAACCACAUCUGUGGAGCUGGGGGCAGGCAUCAUCCCCUGGCUCGAAGGCACCAACCCUCAUCAGCCAUGGGACCUGACCUGGAUGCUGGUUAAUGGGGCAACUGGGGAGGUCAUCAGCACCAUAGAACACACUGCGCCACUCGGAACCUGGUGGCCUGACCUGUUUUUCUGCCUCCGACAGAUCAACCACAGUUACCGAACCGUCCCUCCAAACUUGGCUCGCUCCCAUGGAUUUUAUGCUUGCCCAGAAACAGGUAAAGGAGCGUCAUGUGGGGCGGGAAGAGACUUCUGGUGUGCCAAAUGGGACUGUGUGACCUCGAACGAUGGGGAUUGGAGAUGGCCAGUUACAAAAAAGGAUGCUGUCAAAUUUUCUUAUGUCAACCAGGGCAUCCCUCGUCACGUGCCUAUGGCCCUUUACAAGGACAAGGCUUGUGACCGAAGGGACCAGGAUUGGGUACGAAUUCAAUUCACCGAGAUGGGCAAAAAGACUGAGGUAUCGUGCUGGAUAAAAGGACUAACAUGGGGGAUAGCGUACUAUAAAUAUGGGGGGCAUGAAGGCUCAAACCUCACCAUCAAAUUAGCCGUGUCAACUCCCAGCAGCGUCUUCAUAGGGCCCAACCCGGUUGUACGUCUCCAGCAACAGGUUAUACAUCCCCAGAAACCUUCAAAUCAGAACAAGGACCUGGGCCAAAGGGACGAGAAAAUGUUGACCGGACGUACGCCUGCACCUCACGCCUGGCUCAGCUCCCCGAGGGGCACCUUGGGGGGCACCGACAGCCACAUCUGCCAGCCAACUGCUGGAACGCAUGCCCCGGGCCCAUCUGUAGUAGUAGUCGGGGCCGUAGCCAUAAUAGCCAUGGGGCGAGUAGUCGGAGCCGCCAUAGCCUGGCCUGUAGCCCUGCUGGUAGCCAUAGCCCUGGUUCCAGUAGGUGCUGUAGCCCUGAUUCCAGAGCCCACAAGAGGACCGAGUCUGGGUCCCUCCGGGUCAGAUAACCCUAUGUGGGAAAUGGUGCAGGCAAUAGCAGAGACUCUUAACCACACCAAUCCCUCCCUCACCGAUCCCUGUUGGCUAUGCUACCCAGGUUCACCCCCCUUCUAUGAGUCAGUCGGGAUAAAUGGCUCCUACACUAUCAGCAACUCCCAUCCCACUUACUGGGACGGGAGACCGUGGGGACUUACAAUCGCUCAAGUCUCAGUCGCUGGUACGUGUGUAGGCACAGUCCCGACGACCCAGAGCCAGUUAUGCUCCUCCUAUAAUAACACUACGUGGGAGCAGGGAAAGUGGAUUAUACCCUCCUGGGGCUGGUGGCUCUGCUCAAAGACAGGCCUCACUCCGGCCCCAUCCACCUCUGUGUUCAAUGCUAACAGUGAGUUUUGUGUGCUGGUGGCCCUUCUACCUCGCCUAAUGUAUCAUUCUCAUGAAUCUCUCCUUUUUUAUUGGGAAGAAAGGCCGAGCCCCCACCGGAGCAAGAGGGAGGUUGUUACCGCCCUGACCACUGGGACCCUCUUCUCCCUAGGGAUAGCAGGGGCAGGCACUGGGGUCGCAGCCCUUGUAACUCGGGAGAAAGGGCUCACAGCCCUGAGGCUGGCAGUCGACAGGGACCUAGAACAACUCCGACAGUCAAUAUCAGACCUGGAGCAAUCCCUCACCUCCUUGUCAGAGGUGGUCCUACAAACUGAAGGGGCCUGGACCUCUUGUUCUUAAAGGAAGGUGGACUGUGCGCAGCCCUAAAAGAAGAGUGCUGUUUCUAUGUGGAUAAGACAGGUGCAGUCAGAGAUUCCUUAGCGAAACUAAAAACGGAUCUAGAGAAGCGGCAUAAAGAAUAUGAAGGUAACGAAGGCUGGGUUGAGUCUUGGUUCAAAUACAAGCCUUGGUUCGCUACCCUCCUCUCGGCCGUUGCGGGGCCACUGGGCAUCCUGCUGUUGUUGUUUACUAUUGGUCCGUGCAUAAUAAACAGGCUGCUUAGGUUUGUACGGGAAAGGAUUAACACCGUCCAACUUCUGGUCCUUCAUCAAAAGUAUCAGGCCCUAGAUGCCGCUGUGGAAGAUUCCUCAGUCUGAUCAAGAAAAGGGGGGAACUGUAAAGGAGGGCAGAGGGCAUCAAGAGUCAGGAAACCCUAGAGCAAUAGCCACCCAGUUUUCGUAGAAACUACCCGAAGCUAACACGCCUGCCCUAAGUCAGAUAACCAGAGGUGGGCAGUAGCCUCGGGACAUAACCUGUGAUAAGUCACGAAGACAUGCUGUGUGAGGUAGAGAUAACGGGAAGCGGUUAGGUAACCGGGGGCAUUCCCGUUUCAACUCCAUUGGCUAAAAUGUAGAAUGUGUUUUUAAUUCAUUGGUUGUGGUAAUGCGCGGGCUUCGGUGCAACGGCUGCGAAAACCCUAUAUAUUCCCUACCUAAAGUUGCUUGGGGGUCGGCAGCUCGGACUCGGCCUGCGAGUCAGGGCAGGUGCUGUCGGCCCCAGCUUGCUGGCUGAAUAAAGACCUUGCUUGGAUUUACA